CCCAGUGUUCGAACCCGGAAGUUCGGGAAUACAGCCCAAAAAGCUGAGCUAGAAAGCUUCAACCAAGGCUCACAAGAUAGCUACAUGUACAACGACAGUUUGUUAGCUAUCUCGCAUAUUUCUGUGGAUUCAAAAUGGAUGCGGAAACAGAGUGUUGCAAGUAUGUAUUUUGUAAGCACACAUGUAUUUUUGUUUACCAUAAAAAAGUGUCAGCGGAGCUAGCUAACCGUUAGCUACCGUAGCUUGCUACGGCAGUUGGAGAAUGCAUGCCCUGCCCUGUCUUGCAGAAUCAUCACAUCAUUCCUUAUGGUUGAGCGAGCUAGCUAACGUAUCUAGCCAUCAAUCUAGUUUGUAGAGCUAGUUCAAACGCGAGGCAGACGUUGCUGUGUGACUGUGCUAGUCCAUUAACUUGUUCAUCAUUUGAUCAAGUUUUAAAUGUCUGUUGGCAGAUGUCACCUCUUGGAUUUGCCCUGGGAGGAUGUGCUGGUAACACACAUCUUCUGCUACCUGCCAUUACGCCAGCUGGUGCGGCUACAGAGAGUGAGCAAGCAGUUCUAUGCCCUCAUCCAGGUGUACCUGGCCAACUGUCGCAUCUUUGACCUCACACAGGUAGGCCACACACUAUCCAUUCUAUUUAGUCCAGGAUUUCCUUAAAGUUUCUUGUACUGAAAUGCUCAUACACUAUUUAGCCUAAUACCCAGUUUACAAUCACACUCCUGUAAUGUUCCCAGAUCGGGCCCAGCCUUCCCAAGGAGGCAUUCAGCAACAUACUAAGGGACAACAAAGUCCUUCAGAACUUGUCCGUCCAGAACUGCUCCGAUUGGGUGACGGACAAGGAGCUGCUGCCUGUGAUUGGCCAGAACCAGCACCUGCUGAGAGUGGACAUGAGGGGGUGUGACCGGCUGACCCGUCACUCUUUAGUAGCCGUGUCGUUGAGCUGCACACACCUGGAGUACCUAGUCCUGGCCCACUGUGAGUGGGUGGACAGCCUGUCCAUACGCAGCCUGGCGGACCACUGUGGGGGCCUGAGGUCCAUCGACCUGACCGCCUGCCGCCAGCUCAAAGACGAGGCCAUCUGUUAUCUAUCCAAGAAGUGUGUGAAGAUGAGGUCGCUGUCUGUGGCGGUCAACGCCAACAUUACAGACGUGUCUGUGGAGGAAGUGGCCAAGAACUGCAGGGAGCUGGAACAGCUAGACCUGACAGGCUGCCUGAGGGUUAGGAACAACUCCAUCAGGUGCUGUUGUUUUGAUACACUGACUGCUCAAAUGAUUGGUAUCAUCUCUGUGUGUGUGUGUGUGUGUGUGUGUGUGUGUAUUUUGCUAAUGUAGGUUAUCUAUAUACUAGUCAGGUUUAUAUACUAUUUAGGUUCUAGUCAGGUUCAUAUACUAGUCAGGUUCAUAUACUAGUCAGGUUCAUAUACUAGUCAGGUUCAUAUACUAGUCAGGUUCAUAUACUAGUCAGGUUUAUAUACUAGUCAGGUUCAUAUACUAAUCAGGUUCUAGUCAGGUUCAUAUACUAGUCAGGUUCAGAUACUAGUCAGGUUCAUAUACUAGUCAGGUUUAUAUACUAGUCAGGUUCAGAUACUAGUCAGGUUCAUAUACUAGUCAGGUUCAUAUACUAGUCAGGUUCAUAUACUAGUCAGGUUCUAGUCAGGUUUAUAUACUAGUCAGGUUCAUAUACUAGUCAGGUUCUAGUCAGGUUUAUAUACUAGUCAGGUUCAUAUACUAGUCAGGUUCAGAUACUAGUCAGGUUCAGAUACUAGUCAGGUUUAUAUACUAGUCAGGUUUGUAUACUAGUCAGGUUUAUAUACUAGUCAGGUUUAUAUACUAGUCAGGUUUAUAUACUAGUCAGGUUUAUAUACUAGUCAGGUUCAGAUACUUGUCAGGUUCAUAUACUAGUCAGGUUGUAGUCAGGUGUAUAUACUAGGCAGGUUCAUAUACUAGUCAGGUUUAUAUACUAGUCAGGUUCAUAUACUAGUCAGGUUUAUAUACUAGUCAGGUUUAUAUACUAGUCAGGUUUAUAUACUAGUCAGGUUCAGAUACUUGUCAGGUUCAUAUACUAGUCAGGUUGUAGUCAGGUGUAUAUACUAGUCAGGUUCUAGUCAGGUUUAUAUACUAGUCAGGUUUAUAUACUAGUCAGGUUUAUAUACUAGUCAGGUUCAUAUACUAGUCAGGUUUAUAUACUAGUCAGGUUAAUAUACUAGUCAGGUUUAUAUACUAGUCAGGUUUAUAUACUAGUCAGGUUUAUAUACUAGUCAGGUUCAUAUACUAGUCAGGUUCAUAUACUAGUCAGGUUCAGAUACUUGUCAGGUUCAUAUACUAGUCAGGUUUAUAUACUAGUCAGGUUUAUAUACUAGUCAGGUUCAUAUACUAGUCAGGUUCAUAUACUAGUCAGGUUUAUAUACUAGUCAGGUUUAUAUACUAGUCAGGCUCAUAUACUAGUCAGGUUAAUAUACUAGUCAGGUCCCAUGUAGCUCAGUUUGUAGAGCAUGGCGUUUGCAACGCCAGGGUUGUGGGUUCGAUUCCCACGGGGGUCCAGUAUGGUUCAUAUGCUAGUCAGGUUCAUAUGCUAGUCAGGUUCAUAUGCUAGUCAGGUUCAUUUUGUCACUGUUAUUCUACUGUCAUGUUCCACCUGUAUGUCUCGCUCUGGGCUGACACUUUUUGGGUGCAAAACCCACAGUGUUUUACUGUGACAUGUUUUAGAUCUGCAGUGGCACAUCCUCAGUGGCACACCUGUAAGAACCAUGUUCAUGCUGUGUUUGUCCGACUCUGCAGUCCAGGACGGUUGCAGACUAUGUCCUGCUCCGGCUUGCUUUGGAUGAAGGGGAGUGGCACUCUACUUUGAUAUUCACUGGUAAUCCUGUCCUUACACCUUUUGGUCCUCUGUGUGUGUGUGUGUGUGUGUGUGUGUGUGUGUGUGUGUGUGUGUGUGUGUGUGUGUGCGUGCGUGUGUGUGUGCGUGUGUGUGUGUGUGUGUGUGCGCGUGCGCGUGCGCAGGACUGUUGCAGAGUACUGCCCCAAGCUGCAGUCUCUGAAGGUGAACCACUGUCACAACGUGACUGAGUCCAGUCUGGACCCCCUGCGGAAGAGGAAUGUAGAGAUCGAUGUGGAGCCACCACUACAGAGGGCCCUUGUGCUGCUGCAGGUAUGAGGGCGGAGGACACGCUCAUGUACAAUUAUUACUGUCAUUUAGAAAAUCACAAUUAGUGUAUAAUAAUAAUAAUAAUCACAUAUCACCCACACAGUUUUACCACUUGGAAGAACAUCCGGUACCCUAUACAUUUAAUGUGAAUGGCUGAACACACGCGUUGUCUUGUAUUGUUUCACUGAGGCAUUGAUAAAAGCAAUUGUACUGCAAGGACCAUACAAACCAAAAAGUCAGUCUGAAAUAUGUAUUGUUGUCUGUCUAUCCCUUGGUGCUACUGCAGGAUGUGGUGGGGUUCGCUCCCUUCAUCAACCUCCAGAUCUAGGCUAAGGAACAUCUGUAUUCCUCCAUCCAACCAACUGGAGACAGGUAGGCUAGCUAGGCUAAGGAACAUCUGUAUUCCUCCAUCCAACAGACUGGAAACAGGUAGGCUAGCUAGGCUAAGGAACAUCUGUAUUCCUCCAUCCAACCAACUGGAGACAGGUAGGCUAGCUAGGCUAAGGAACAUCUGUAUUCCUCCAUCCAACAGACUGGAAACGGGUAGGCUAGCUAGGCUAAGGAACAUCUGUAUUCUUCCAUCCAACCAACUGGAGACAGGUAGGCUAGCUAGGCUAAGGAACAUCUGUAUUCCUCCAUCCAACCAAUUGGAAACGGGUAGGCUAGCUAGGCUAACGAACAUCUGUAUUCCUCCAUCCAACAGACUGGAAACAGGUAGGCUAGCUAGGCUAACGAACAUCUGUAUUCCUCCAUCCAACAGACUGGAAACGGGUAGGCUAGCUAGCUAGCGCUUCUCCGAAAUAUUUGAAGCUUUUUGAUCUAAAUAGCUGUUUAUUUUGCAAGUGUGUGCCUAUAUAUUCAUGCAGUAUAAAUGUUAUGUAACUACACAUUUCCUGAAGUGUGCACUCGUUCACGUCUCCCUACCUCAUCCCCAUAUUGUUAUUUAUUUUGCUAAUUUGCACCCCAGUAUCUCUAUUUGCACAUCAUCUCUUGCACAUCUAUCAUUCCAGUGUUAAUACUAAUUGUAAUUAUUUUGCACUAUAGCCUAUUUAUUGCCUUACCUCCAUAACUUGCUACAUUUGCACACACUGUAUAUAUAUUUUCUGUUGUAUUUUUUGACUUUUGUUUUGUUUUAACCCCAUAUGUAACUCUGUGUUGUUGUUUUUAUCGCACUGCUUUGCUUUAUCUUGGCCAGGUCGCAGUUGUAAAUGAGAACUUGUUCUCAACUGGCUUACCUGGUUAAAUAAAGGUGAAAUAAAAAUAAAAAUAUUUAAAAGUAUUGGGAUAGGUGUAGGUAUGUGCUAGACAGAGUUUCCACAAUAUUUAUUAUACCAGUAAAUACAGUGCAUGCUUAGGGAGAAAGGACAGAUUAUUGGACACUAUUGUAAUGUUCUGCAGUCUAUGUAACCAGCUUUAUUGUUUUCAUUUUGCAGGUUUUCCUCCACUAGGAGAAUGACCUGUUUCAAUUGAAACACACCCUGUGUGCUGGGACAUCAAUUAAAGCAAUGCAAGGACAAGCGGUUAACGGAUGUAUAUGGGAAAUAUAUUGUGGAACUUGUCUCUAAGUUAUUCCAGUGGUAGGCCUAUCAUAGUCUGGUUAUCAGUCUGUUUAGCUAACAGUUGACAGCUCUCUGACUUGCUGGAGGACCCAGUGUUACACCUCCUCACAGUAAUAUUAUGGGUUCCAGUCUGUUUAGCUAACAUUCCAUUACUUGUACUCCAUGUCAUGUGCCACGGAGUACAAAAGAGUGGAAUGUUAGCUAUACAGACUUGAACCCAGACUAGGUCUAUCAUAUUCUGGGGAGAAAAUAUCUAUUUUUGAGUUGAUGUUGCAGAUUAUAAUUAUGCCCUUAUGAAAAGACUGAAGGAAGCCAUGCACUUUUUUUUAGUAACGCUGUCUAGGAGUCAGAAAGAUUCCUGCGGUAUUUCUUUGUGUCUUAUCACACUCUAACAACACUAGAUGUUCUUGUGAUCUAUAGCUUUUUAAAAAGGGCCAUUCCAACCAAAGGAGAAGACAUUGUAACUGUAAGAGCGUGUUGUUGAGUUUUUGUGUGUUUAUUGACAUGUUACUCUGCUAAUUGGAUGAUACGUACACCGCUAAAUGUUUCAUUCAGAUUAGCAAGGUACACUUUUUUAUAUUAGGUAGGUAAACGUUUUAUAGCGUGUGUUUGCAUUGACCUCACAUUGACUGAAACUAUGCUCUUCUUACAAUAUCCUUUUUAAUGGUAGUUCAGCUGAUCAGUUCAUGCCCGGCCCGCCAUUGUAAAAAUGUCAUGUUAUAAAAAUCUGGAUGCCAUGAUCUUGGAAUCCUCCUUUUGUCUGUUUUACUUUAGGAAAUCUCGUUUUCGAUUUGAACGUCUGAAAACAUGUAGGCCUAGUUGUAAAACUACAUUAGUUCAAUAAAGCUUUCUCAUACGGAAUGCUAUGAGGGAGGACACAUUUCCGUUGGUUUUUUCAAUAGUCACAUAUUACAAUCACAGUUCUACGUCUUGGAGGAAACAUGAGAAGAACAUGCAGUGUAAAGUACAUUUAAUGUGAUUGGCUGAACACCCACAUUGGUAUUGUUUCAAUGAGGAGUUUCAGUAUUGAAACCUAUUUGAAUUGUAUAUGUAAGGAGGACAAUCCAGACAUGGCUAUCUGAGAAUAUCAAAUCAAAUCAAAUCACA